AUAUUUUAAUAAAAUUCUAUCAAUUUAGAUAAAAUUCAUUUUUAAAAACCAGUAUACCUGCUCACCAGUGUCCCAGUAGCCAGUUUUAAAGCAUGCUAAACAUUUUGCGUAGAUUUAUGAUCUCCAGGCCGGCAGCAGCCUUGGAGUAUCUCUUAAGAUGAGUCAUUGGAUUAGCGUGUAAGCAUCUGCUUUUAGCUCUCAGCUCGCUUCUCCAAACACCUGCGGAGCCGUGCCUCAUGCACAGGUCUCUCAACACAGCCGACUUUAUGGUGCUUCUCCGUUUCUUUGCUCUUUAGGAUGAGGAAUGUGAAGAUUUUACAUUUGCCAGUCCUUUUUGUUUUUGUGCACGCCUGCUUUGCUCAGGCAGACUUUGCUCCCUAUUUCUAUGACAACGGACCCUACAGCAACAAUGGGAAUCUGGCUCUGUUCAGCCUCUCUGAAGACACGCGUGUUGGUACACAGAUCUACCGUCUCAACGGCACAGACCCAGAGGGUCAGGAGGUGAGGUACGGCCUCUCCUUUGACCCGGGGUCAAAGGAGAUCUUCAGAGUAGACCCAAAAUCUGGAGUUAUAACAUUAGUGGAAAAGCUGGACAGAGAGAAACAAGAUUCUAUUGAUGUCAGCAUCAGUAUCACAGAUGGAAGAAGCAAGGUCACAGAAAGAGUCACCAUUUUUGUGAUGGAUGCGAAUGACGAAAAACCUGAAUUCAAAAACUUACCUGCAAUUAUCAACGUAGUGGAAACAACCGAGUCUGGAAGUAGCAUCUAUAAAGUUGAAGCCGUUGACAGAGAUACAGGCUCAGGAGGCUCAGUCACAUUCUAUCUGCAGAUGCAGCAGUUCUCUUUGUUCGCCAUUGACCGGCACAGUGGAGUCCUCCGUAUCAAAUCUGGAGAAAUGUUGGACUAUGAGAAGACAAAAACUCACUUUGUCACUGUCAUCGCAAAGGAUGGUGGCGGUAACUACAAUGGCAAAGAGCAGUUUCUGUCCUCCUCUGCGACUCUAACUGUCAACGUGAUCGAUGCCCAGGACACUCCGCCAUCCUUCAUUGGGACGCCCUACUUUGGUUAUGUCUAUGAAAUCUCAGAGGAGGGAUCUGAAAUAUUCACCGUUGUUGCUGAAGAUGGUGAUGUGGGGAGGCCCAAUCCAAUCCAGUACUCGUUUGAUGGAGGUGAUGAUGGAGUUUUUGGCAUCAACAAAACAAGCGGCUGCAUUUCGCUGCUGACUAAUCCCAUUAAUCUGAGGAGGGAAAUAUUCAACAUCAAAGUCAGGGCGUCUGAAGUGAAUCCUGAAGGUAAACUCCUGGAGUACUCUCACACGACAGUGGUGAUCCGCGUGGUGGAUCUGAAUAACAAUCCACCGACGUUUUAUGGAGAGAGCGGCCCUCAGAACACGUUCGAGCUGACCAUAAACGAGCAUCCACCAGAGGGAGAGAUCCUGCGAGGCCUGAGAAUCACCGUGAAUGACUCCGAUCAGGGCGCAAACGCCAAAUUUAAUCUGCGAUUGAUUGGACCAGGAAGAAUGCUGCGAGUCGUCCCUCAGACGGUACUCAACGAAGCACAAGUGACAAUAUUGGUGGAAGACUCAGCGGCCAUGGACUACGAGAAACAUGAAUUUCUAACAUACAAGUUACUUGCAGUCGAGAUUGAUACUCCGGAGAGAUUCAGCGCCACAGCGGACAUCAUCAUCCAUCUCCUGGACACUAAUGACAAUGCCCCUAAAUUCUCCCUGGAGUAUUACAUCGCCAGAAUCCCAGAAAACUCACCCGGUGGCUCCAAUGUGGUGUCAGUCACGGCAGUGGACCCAGAUUCAGGGCCGUGGGGUGAAGUCAAGUACUCCAUCUAUGGAUCAGGGGCCGACCUGUUCCUCAUCCAGCCUGCAUCCGGGAUCAUCUACACACAACCGUGGGCUACCCUGGAUGCAGAAGUGAGAUCUAAGUAUAACUUCUACGUGAAGGCGGAGGACGCCGAGGGGAAGUACAGCCUGGCGGAGGUCUUUGUCACCGUGUUAGAUCUGAACGACCAUCCUCCUGCUUUUAACCAGAACUUCCUUGAGAAGACGAUGGUGAUCGGAGCACCAGUUAAAAUAGAGGCUGUAGACGAUGACGCAGAAGUGCCCAACAACGUUAUUGAGUACGCCAUCAUGAAAGCUGAGCCGGACAACAACAUCUUUGACAUCAACUCUGACACGGGAGAAAUCAAGCUCAAGUCCUACAUCAAGUCGAUGGCCAUCAUUCAGAACAUCACCAAAAAAAGAGACUGCACCUGGUCCCUGGUGGUACAGGCCCGGGACCGCGGACAGCCUUCCUUCAGCACCACUGCAGUCGUCAAGAUCGACAUCACUGAAGCCACCCAACUCAAAGGGGGGCCUUUGGGAUCAUUUAUUAUGCAGAAUAGAAACAAUCCGUUGCAAAUCUUAGGGACGAUUGUUGGUUUCAUUAGUCUGAUGGUUAUGGUCACUGUCAUCAUCUCCACUGCAACAUUUAUGCGUAACAAAAAGUCCAACCGGAUCCUGCCGAACCGCCGCAUCCGGAGGAGGCAUCAGCCUCAGAGGCCGCAAACGUGGAGCUUCAAGAACCCCUUCAGGCCGCCGGACUCCGCCAGAGAGAGAUUCACGGCCGCCGGUGAGGAGCCGACGCCCGAGCCGGUCGCAGAGAACGUCAACUACAACAAUAAUGUCAGUAAUGUUGUUGUGAGACACUGGUCGCCUCUCCCUCCGCCGCCCUGCGCCCCCUCUCUGCCCCCUCCGCCGCCCGCUUACUUCCCAGGAGAGCGGCACUGGGUCGUACCGACGGUCUCUGCAACGGUGGCGCCCAAACCCAGAAAGAAAAUGGUGAACGACAGACAGGACACUGUGAACAGAGCGCUCGUGUCGGAGCUCAAAAUGAGGCUAGAGCAGAAGAGGAUGAUGUCACCCUGAAACUCCUUCACUGAGGGUGAAAUAAUCUCAUUGCACGUCGGAUAAGCGGCUGCCGGGACAUAUGUGGGGAAAAAUAUACACAGAAUCUACUAAAAUUAAAAUCUACAGAUGAUACUCGCCUGAUCAGCACAUCUGUGUAGAUUUUCCUAGAUCAGAAAUGACUCAAGCACGCAAUGUCACGCAACUUUGUGGUGAGAUUAUUAAUUUAAGAAUGAACUCAGCUUUGUGUGUGCAUGUUUCUAUGUGUGAGUCCUUGGUGGGAAAGUUUGACACUCAACUUGAUUCAUCAUGAAUAAAUAAUGACAAACAACAAACUUUUAAAACUCAUGGGUUUCAUGUUUACGCUGUUGUUUGUGUCACUGUGAACCAGAUUCUGCAAUUUGAAAUGUUUGGGCAUCAGUUGAAAAACCAGCUCAGAUUUGAAAUCAUGUCACUUAAAUUUCACCCAAUGAAACCAAGCUAGUACCUGGUAUAAGGGACUGACUUAAGUUAAAGGGACCAAAAAAUCAUUAAAUUGUUGUUCACAAUACUGAAUUAAGUUUGUUAAUUCUAACAAGUCAUAUUUGUUUCAGUGGAGGAGUCUUUCUUGAAAGUGUUGAAUUUCAAUGCAAAUAAAAA